AUGUCCCAAACACAACAACCUCGUGUGGCCCUCGUGACUGGCGCCAACAAAGGAAUUGGUUUAGCGUUUGUAAAACUGUUAUUGUCCCAAUACAAGUAUCAAGUGGUGAUGGCCACUGCAAGAAACCCACAUGAAGCAUAUGAGUUGAAAGCCUUACAAGAAGAGUAUGGCUCGGAACGAGUGCCAAUCCUAACGUUGGAUGUUUCCGAUGAGAAAUCCGUUCAGUCUCUGCCUUCCUCCAUACCCAAGUCUAUUCAGUAUAUUAAUUUAUUGAUUAACAAUGCAGGUUAUUUGGACUCUUCAAUACGGCAAUUGGAGGAUCUUUCCAUGGAGUCCAUGUUAUAUAGUUAUAAGGUCAAUUGUGUUGGACCCAUGCUCGUUUGUAAAUAUUUGAAAUCGUAUGUGAAGGCAUCUCAUCGGGGAGAAUCUUUAACUUCUAGACAUGGAAUUUUCGCUCAAAUAUCGACUCGAGUAGCAAGUGUUGGAGAUAAUCGAUCGGGAGGGGCCUAUCCUUAUCGUUGUUCUAAGGCUGCUCUCAAUAUGGCCACCAAGAACUUGGCUCUUGAAUUGGAGAAGGAAAAGAAAGCCUUCACGUUAUUGUUGCAUCCUGGAAUGGUAUAUACAGACAUGACCAAGAAUUUCUUUGGGGAGCCAAUGGAUCCAAAAAAACAUCGUACACCAGAAAUGGCAGCUAGUGAUUUGUUGGAGAUUAUUCAUGCAGCCGAUUUCUCUCAGAAUGGAAAGUUCAUUUCGUAUGACAAGUCAGAAAUUGAGUGGUAA